AAUGUAAAACUAAAUCAAUUCUACAGUUUUUGUUACAUCAAAAUGCUACCAAUAGUAACUAAACGAGCGAUUUUCUUAAUUCUAGCAUACUCUAUUUAUAUACAUGAUACAGAUGCUGUGGAGUAUGGUGUAAAACGGGCUAUUGGUGGAGUAGAUGCCGAUGUUGCAAAUUACCCCUAUCAAGUACAAAUACUUCUAAAUGGGACUCAAUUAUGUGGUGGAUCUAUUCUAAAUAAUGCUUUCGUAUUAACAGCUGCCCACUGUUUUAUGAGUAAAACAAUCUCUGAUAAUCGGAAUGUCGAUUGUCGUAAACGUUUAUGGAUAUCCAUCUCUAAAGAAUCAGUCACAGUUAGAAUUGGAUCAUCUUAUAGAACAAAAGGAGAACAAAUUUAUAAUGUAGCCCAAUUAACUUUACAUCCCAACUUCGAUCCUUGUAAUAAUGAUUAUGAUGUAGCCGUUUUAAAACUGUCAAAUAAUUUGACAUAUGGACCAACUGUUGCACCUAUCAAACUACCAACAAAAGCAAAUAAAAUAAUCAAUGGUCAGACUGUUAUUAUUGCUGGUUGGGGAUAUAAAACAUUUUGUAGCCUGCAUCAAUCUGAUCAAUUACAAGCAGUGACCUUAUCUGUCGUUCCGACCAACAUAUGUGAAAAUGUCUAUUCUCAGCCUCUUACUUCAAGAAUGUUCUGUGCCGUUGGCAAUGACCAGAAUACGUGUCAGGAACAACAACAACAAAGGCGAUUAAAAGCAUACACGCUACUGAAAAGGAACCGUCAGGUUACAUUGGGACCCCCCACACAUUAUCGGUUUGGCGCAAACCGUUCGUCUCGGCGUGUCGAAAAUCAAGCUUCGGCUGAUAUUUAAACCGACGAUUCCAUCCGACGGUUUUAUGCCACAGACUAUCGGUUUGGCACGUCGAUUAGACUCGCAGCGAUGCGAAUGGAUGAAAAAGCUCGUAGUCUGUGG